GACGUGGGAUUGGCGUUCGGCCUGGUCAUCAUGGCCGGGCUGUCCACCGCGAUCGGGAGCGCGUUCGUGUUUUGCUCGGCGCGGGCGGACACGGGCGUGCUCGCGCGCGCGCUCGGGGCAAGCGCCGGGGUGAUGAUUUACGUGUCGUUCGCGGAGAUUUAUUGCGUGAAAUCGGUGGAGGCGUUCACGGAAGUUUGUGGUAGUGAUGGGAAUUGCGGAUGGCGGUACGCGUCGCUGUGUUUUUUCGGUGGGCUGAUAUUCAUGUACGGGUUGGAUUUCGUGGUGCACAAGGCGAACGACGGCGGUAACGUCGACUUGACUGACGUCCAUCACAAGGCGAUCGAGGCGAAGACACUGAAGAAUAUGGGAGUGAUGACCGCCAUCGCCAUCGGCUUGCACAACUUUCCCGAAGGCUUGGCGACGUUUGUCGCCGCCUUGGCCGAUCCCAAGCUUGGCGCCGCACUCGCGAUCGCGAUCGCGAUUCACAACGUUCCCGAAGGUAUCUGCGUCGCCAUGCCCAUUUAUUACGCCACCGGAAGCAAAUGGAAAGGAUUUUGGUGGUCUUUUCUCUCCGGUUUGAGCGAACCCGUCGGCGCCAUCUUCGGCUACGCCAUCUUAAACGGCAACGACAUGUCCCCCGCCGCGUUCGGUUCCCUCUUCGGCCUCGUCGCGGGGAUGAUGGUUUUCAUCUCCGUCAAGGAACUCAUCCCUACCGCGCUCAAGUACGACCCACACGACGAGUACGUCACCACGUACGUCUUCGUCGGCAUGGCCAUCAUGGCCGCCUCGUUGAUCCUCUUCUACUUGUGA